UCAAAAAUUAGUUUCUCCCCACAGCACACUCUUUCUCUCCCGGUAUAAUAAAAUGUUCUUUUCUCUCUAAACAAACGCCCGUUCAUACUUGUUACUUAACACACUCUCUGAAACUCUCAUUCUCCAAAGCAGAACAAACUCUUCACACUAUCUUUCUCUCCAUGAAGAACUAACGCUGAACCAUAGCCCAACACGUAUCCUUACCCUUCUCACAUUCAAGUAUUAUUUAUCCUCUUUUCCUUCCAUUCACUCUUUACCACAAAACUUGGAAACAAACCACAUGGAGAAGAAACAAAGCUUCUUCUCUGCUCUCAAAGACGAGGUUGUUCGCGGGCUUUCCCCCUCUCGGUCUCGGUCGCGGUCAGCCAGCCCCGCCCGAGCCAUGUCGUCGCUGCUUCGGAGGAGGAAAUCCCAGAGUUCGUCGCACCACUACAUGGCGAAUGCGGAGCAGUUAAUUUCGAGAUCCGGGAGUCUGAGGCCCGUGGUGGGGGAGGCUCUGGAGCCUUUAAUGGAAGGCCCGGAUCCGGAUGGUGGGGAAGUUGGUGAUUCUAAGAGGGUCGGGUCGGGUUUGGGGCAGUGGGUUAAGGGACAGUUGUCGAGGACGCCAUCUGUUACUGCGAUGGCUUAUAAGAGGUCUGAUCUUAGGCUGUUGCUUGGUGUUAUGGGUGCACCAUUGGCCCCGGUGCACGUUAGCAACAGUGACCCUUUACCUCACUUGAGCAUCAAAGACACUCCCAUUGAAACUUCGUCGGCUCAGUACAUAUUGCAGCAGUACACGGCGGCCUCUGGUGGGCAGAAGCUACAAAACUCUAUUCGUAAUGCUUAUGCCAUGGGGAAGGUUAGAAUGGUAGCCUCAGAGUUUGAAACUGCUACUCGAACUGUUAAGAAUCGGAACACCUCUAGAUGUACUGAGUCUGGUGGAUUCGUGCUCUGGCAGAUGAAUCCGGACAUGUGGUAUGUUGAACUUGCUGUGGGAGGUAGUAAGGUCCAUGCUGGCUGCAAUGGCAAGCUCGUUUGGAGGCACACUCCUUGGCUUGGUGCUCACACUGCUAAAGGGCCUGUUAGACCCUUGCGGCGUGCUCUACAGGGUCUUGAUCCAACAACAACAGCUAGUAUGUUUGCUGAUGCUAAGUGUAUCGGAGAGAAAAGGAUCAAUGGUGAGGAUUGCUUCAUUCUCAAGCUCUGUGCAGAUCCUCAGACUCUGAAGGCCAGGAGUGAAGGUCCUGCAGAGAUCAUUCGACAUGUGUUGUUCGGUUAUUUCAGUCAAAAGACUGGACUUCUUGUUCACAUGGAGGAUUCCCAUCUUACCCGCAUCCAAUUAAAUGGUGGUGAUGCAGUUUACUGGGAGACCACAAUAAAUUCAUUCCUUGAUGAUUACAGACCAGUUGAAGGGAUUAUGAUUGCACAUUCUGGCCAUUCUGUGGUGACACUUUUUAGAUUUGGAGAAGUUGCAAUGAGCCAUACUAAAACAAAGAUGGAAGAAGCCUGGACUAUUGAGGAGGUUGCAUUUAACGUUCCAGGUUUGUCAAUAGAUUGUUUUAUCCCCCCAGCUGACCUUAGGUCAGGGUCCAUCAGUGAAGCCUGUGAGCUGCCUCAGGAUGAAAGAGGAAAGAGUGCAAUCGGGUUAGCUGCACAUCGAGCUAAAGUUGCCGCAUUGGAAAAGGACAUGAUAGUAACAUGAUAUGGAAGAUGGAAGUAUAACAAAGGGUAGGAUCAAAUCAGGGAAAUUGUUUAUAUUGGUAGCUGUUGUUAAUCUACUAACCGAUCCAUUAGAAGUUACAGAGUAGAAGUUAAGUAAGAUUUUUGGACUUCUGAAUAUGCCUCUGUUAAUCUGUAAAUAGAGUGUAAUCAUCAUUCACAGGUUAUCUUGUGGCCUACUACGGAUUUGGAGCUCAGUUUUCCAUCUAGGGUUGGUGCGAAUGGAGGUGAAUUUUUUGUUUACCUUCUAAUGCUAAAAAGAGGGUAGUGGUGAAGCCGUGGUAUGGCAGAACCAUUGACCUUUAUGUUCUACUAAUCCUCUUGCUAAAUUGAUACGCAGUGGCAGUGGAAAGGAAAACUGUUACUGGCUGGGAAAAUUUCUCGAGUAAAAUUUGUCUUGUCUAUUAAUUCUUCUUAUCUUUUAUGGGUUUGUUUCUCUUCGUGUGGUUGUUUGAUUGACGUAGUUGUUUUUGGGUUUGGGAAAGAAUAGGGUUUUUUGCUGGAUAUGUAGAGGGAAAGUGGGCAAGGUAAAAGAGAAGAUAUAAUUUUCUUUUCUUGUUUGACGUUUGUUCACUUCGCUGUUGACGUGAUGUAAACAAAGUGACAUUGUUCCACUGGAUGAUCUUGAAAUGAAUAUAAUGAUCAACGUUUCUUCU